AUGCUGCACAACGAUGGCCAGCAGUUGACCCUGGAAAAGUCGCCCUCUCACGUCAAUGAAACGGUAAAUCUCAAUGGCUUAGCGACGCCCGAGGCUGUUCCCGAGGAAUGGACGCAACUCGAGGCAAGGAUUCGCCGAAAGACUGAUCUUCGCCUGUGCUCUAUUGCAGGGAUUCUGGCCGGCCUCAAUCUUCUUGAUUCUGGCAUACUCGCCUCUGCCUCAGUUACCACCCUAAACCAGGACCUAGAUUUACAGGGCCAAAGGUACUCUGUUUCGAUCUUCAUUUUCACGGUCAGCUCUAUCGUCUGCCAACUACCCUCAACCAUCGGCGUCAGAGUCUUCGGCCCGCGGUUAUGGCUAUCGGCAAUCACAAUAUGUUUCGGUCUGAUAACCCUGUGCACGGCAUUCGUCCAAACUUGGCGCCAACUGAUCGUCGUUCGCGUUCUCUUGGGCAUUGCCAUGUCCGGCAUCUACCCUGGUUUGACGUACCUCGUAAGCACAUGGUAUACCAGGAGGGAACAGCAACUGAGGUUCGCCCUCCUUCAGUCCUCUGAAGUUGCUGUACUUGCCACAGGGUACAUCGUCAAUUAUGGCCUCAAUCAGCUCCAUGGCCGAGCAGGUAUAGAGGGCUGGCGCUGGAUGUACCUCGUUCAAGGCAUCGUCACCUGCGUCAUAGGCGUACUCACCUACUGGUGGAUGGUCGACUUCCCAGAAAACGCCCGUAAAAGCUUCCAUUUUCUCACCGAGGCAGAGGCCAAGAUCGCCGCGCAGCGCAUCCAGGCUGAUCGCGGCGAUGUCGUUCUCGACUCCUUCUCCUGGCGUAAGAUCCUCAUCAACUUUGCAGACCCGAAGCUGUACGGCCUCGCCUGCAUGUACUUCCUCCUGAACCUGGUCUCAACCGCCCUCAAUUACUUCCUCCCGCAGAUUCUCGUCUCGGGCAUGGGCUUCUCUGCUAACGAGUCCAUCCUACUCUCUACCCCGCCUUACUACUACGCCAUUCUCCCCGUCCUCAUAACAUCCUAUCUCGGCGACACCUACCGCGUUCGGGGCCCUCUAAUAACAUUCAACGCACUAUGUCUCAUAGCCGGCUUUCUCAUGUUUGGGCUUCCCUCAUCAACCUCCGUCCCAGUACGCUACAUCGGCACAUUCCUCGCAACAGGUGCAUAUGUCUCUAACUGGGCUGCGCUGAACGCCUAUAUGGCGAAUAAUGUCGUCGGCCAGUGGAAGCGCGCGACGACCGCUGCGGCUGUGGCGGCGUGCAAUGGGCUGGGUUCGAUAGCCGGGAGUUAUAUUGUCCGCCAGCAGGAGGCGCCACAGUAUGAGACUGCAGUUUGGGUUUCUGUUGGGUCACACAUCCUCAUGAUCGGAAUCGUGUGUUUGUUCACGAUAGGUUUUUAUAUUCGGAACUCUCACCAGAAGCGCGGAGCUCUGCUUCAGAAUACGGCUGGAUUCCGGUAUACAUACUGA